GACGGACCAGUCUGGCACGAUGAAAUUCCAGGUCCUCAUUUUGCUGAUGGUGGCUUAUUUCCACAUUGGGAAUAGCCAAGGUUCCUAUGAAGAUUGCUGCCUGUCUUACCACACGAGGAUCGAUCCACGCAUGCUGCCACAUAUAAGGCGGUACACUAUCCAGAGGGUGAAUGGGAGCUGCAACUUGCAUGCGGUGAUCUUUCACUUCCGGAGGCGUAAAGUACUUCUCUGCGCUAACCCUCAGGAGGAGUGGGUGAAAUUGGCAAAGAAAAGAGUGGAUGAGAGGUUCAGGCACUCGAAGAAACUCCAAGUAGGAGUGACCAGGACCAGUUUGCCCCAUCCUCGUGCCAUGCCUCACUCUCCCACCACUCUACAGAAUUCCUCCCAGCGGGGGCAGGGGUAGGGAUCCAGGAAGGGGAGCUCUCGGGAACUCAGCAGUCAACAUGGACCCCAAGGGGAAAAUGGAGCUGCAGUACCACUGUUUCUGACCUAAUGUCACUUCUGGAAUUUUCCACGUGAUUGUAAAUGUCUUCCAAGAAAAGGUCUGCCACACACACUGGAUCGGUCAGUUUAUGCUACACCAUAUUGUCCCCUGUAGAGGGUGAGAAGGGACUGUCUGGAGAAACUCACCUACUCUCGUGUUCUGGGAAUUGGCAUCCUGGACCAACUGGGGUGCCCAAUUGGAAAUCACCCCUCACCCCCCCCACCUCCAAAAGGGGGUUUCAGGGAGAGCGAGUCAGGCCUCCCACUAAGCCUGGAGCCAGAGGCAUUGAAGAGCGUAUGGAGGAUGUGACUUUGCCAUAGGAGUGGGAGCAGCUGUACACUUUGAAAUGCCAAGGUGGGUGCCGCCCUUUGUGGUUAACACAGAGAGAGGAGAAGACCUGGGUUCACCCCUCUGAGAGUUGGGAGUCUGACUGGAGGACUCGCACUCAGAUGAACAAGGAGACCCUAAAACACCAAAUCAAGAAAAAAAAUCUAGUAUUUACCUAGGUCUUUAGCUCACCAGAGUUCUCUGGUUGGGGUGGUCCCUUAGGUCCUGGAUGCACAGCAGGAUUACUAACAGAUGUUACAGGAGUGGAGGGGUGAAGGAAGGGAAACAGGAGAUAAAAAAUGAGUUUUCAUUUACACUGGGAGGUUCCCACAACUGAGAACUGGGAAGAGGUGGAUGGUGCCUUAUGAUUCUUUCCACCUUCUCUUUGGUUCAAUAUGGUACUUGUCAAGCAUUAGGAUUCCAGCAGGCUGAUCUUUGGUUUGUGUGAAGGGGUUUGGGGUUUAAUUCA